GUUUCCCGUUAGUGGUCCCUCCCAAAGCUUAGAGUUGAAAAAUACGAAACAAAGAAAGCUUUUAUUCUCUCUUUUUGGUCUCAAAAGCAAGACUAGUAACCAGCUUUCUGUUGAGUUCAUUUCAGCUUGACUCACCACCGAAAGGCUCCGAAAAGACGCCUCAAGUCAAAACUGCAAAACUACUAACAAAACUUUUCUUCAUUGAGAAAACCCGCUCAAAGCAGUAUGGGAGUUUCGUUUACAACGAGGAAGGGAACUGUCGUUAUCUGGUUCCUAAUUAUAACAUUCUUUCACGGACUACUAACAAGGAGUGUCCCAGGAGCUGGUUUUAAACGACUGCCCAGGAGUUUUAAUAGUACUUUGACAGGAAGCAGCAAAAGAAAAGCAGCCCAGUUUCCCGACGGAUCGUACGCUAAAGUAUCUCAUAUUAUCGGCAAACGACUGAAACAUUACGAUAAAAAUGUUCGCCCAAACGACACGGGACCUCCUGUUGAAGUUCUUAUCGAGUUUAAACUAAUGGCAUUUGGAAAAAUCAGAGAAGAAGAUAUGGACUAUACAAUCGACAUAUUCUUCAGACAGUGGUGGAAAGAUCCUCGAUUGGCGCAUGGACAAGAUAAAGUUUUUAACGCCGCAUUAGAUCCUAGUAAACUGGGAAAAGGAAUAUGGACGCCCGACACGUAUUUCCGAAACGUAAAAAAUUCAAAUUAUCAUUCAGUCAGUAGAGAUAACAUGCGACUGAGGAUUUCUAAGGAUGGAAGCAUUUAUUACAGUGCCAGGAUAACUCUCACUGCUCUGUGUGAUAUGGAUCUAAGGCUGUUCCCUCUGGACACUCAGGACUGUGAUUUGGUAAUAGAGAGCUAUGCAUACACUGUGGACGAUGUUAUCUACAAUUGGAACAAUCGAGGCUCUAAGGCUAUCGAGGUGUUCGCAGCUGAACUUGCUCAGUUUGAUAUGCUACAGAUCGUUACAUCCAAGAAAGCUAAUACUAAUAGCAAAGGGUCCUUCGACAGUUUGAAGGCAACCUUCACACUCAAACGUCGAACAACGUACUUCAUUUUUCAACAUUUCAUUCCUUCUGCGUUCCUCGUUUUCCUCUCGUGGCUUAGUUUCUGGAUAGACAGACACGCUGUUCCUGCACGUGUCUCACUCGUGAUCACGUGCAUACUCAGCACCAUGUUCUUAUUCGGAUCAGUUAACAACAGUCUCCCUCGGAUCUCGUACCUGAAGGCAGUAGAUUACUAUUUAAUAUCGUCGCUUACUUUUAUCGUGUGCUGUAUGGUGGAGUAUGUGUGUGUCUUAAACUUCACGGAUAAAGCAGCAUCUCUCUUACUGAGGAGUCAAAGUCUGGCGCCGCCUCCAACACCAAAUCCAACAAAUUCUAUCGCCGAGAUGAUGGACCAGCAAACGUUCAACUGUAACAAAGACCGUCCUUUGAACGGAGUCGCAGGAGGCUUGUCUCUAAGAAAAGGUGUUUUUCUUCACGAAAAUCUUUCUGCAUCGAGGAAAAAGACUCCUUGCGCGAGCAAUGCCUUUUUGGACGGUCUACCCACGAAACAGUUACCUCCUCAUUACAUUGACCAGUACGCGCGGAAAAUCUUUCCACUUCUUUACGGACUGUUCAACAUUGUGUACUGGUCUUACUAUCUUCCACGACGAUAACUCUAUGUUGAUUAACAAGACUGAAAGGAAUGAAUGCUCAGAGCACCUGACGGAUGCGUGUCGUGGGGAUGGAUGCGUGGUGCUUCACACCACCCCAUAUGUCAUAAGCGCUGCAAUAAGAUGCGCAAGCUGAGAUACUGAGGUUUUGUGUUGGCCUUCUUCAAUUACUCUCAGAAUCAGGGUUACAGAGACACGCGAGGCGACACGCGGCGGACACGCAAGGUAUAUGUUAUACCUCGCGAAUACACGCUGUAUGUAAUCUAAACGAGAACAAAAUUCGCUACACGGGACUGAUCUUAGAAUAACUGUAGAGGAAUUGGAUUAGAAUUAAGGUCUUUAGGAGGGUGUCAGUCUCAAAGCCUAGUGUUCCCUUUCCUUGCAUUAUUCGCCAAAAUUUCUUUGAGUUUUGCUUUUACCUUUUUGACCAUGGAUGAAAAUCAUAUUUUCGAGAACGUAUUAAAGGAGAUGGAGGAAGUUUACGUUGGAGGUAGAGGCAAAUCAUCCAGUAAAUACGCAAACUUGAUGUUUGCAUUCCGCUUUCUGCAUACUCAGAGUACGAGGAAAAACAUUUCUAUUAGCAAUUUCUCUCUCGCUGCACGGAAUCUGAUCUCAACAUUUUCAAUUUUAAUGGCGCAGGCGUCAAGGAUAUUUGAGAUUUUAUGUAGAAGCAAUGCGCAUUGCCUAGAAAUGAAGUUAUCCGAGACAUAAAUAUAUUUGCAUAUUGUAAUAAGCUAAGCCCUUCUAAAUUCGAUCAAAUGAUUGCCCGGCUUAAGUCAUAUCAAGAAGCAGACAUGAUAAGCUGGUGAAAUCUUAUCCGUCCUGCCUUAUCGUUAAAAGCCGUACUGUCGAUUGGAAUAGCAUACAAUUACAACCCUGCUUUCACAAACUAAUGUUGCGAGCCUUUAUCAAUACCGUAAAAGGCAAAGUAAUAAUAACUCUUCACGCCCAAGAUCUUAUUAGUAAAUUCUCCUCACCGUUAGUCAUAUAACGGAUGAUGUUAGUUUGGAGAACUUACCAUCGGAUCAACUAAUAAUCCCCUAACUGAUAUUUUUUUCUGUUCUUAUCACUUGCCUGCUUGGUUUUGUUUUGAUAAUUCAAGCAGAAAUUCUCCUAGGUCACCUAUAAGAGUUUUAAAAAGGGCGAAACUGCAGAACCACUCUUUCCUUCAUAAAGCGCUAGUUUCUGACAUACCUGAUAUACCUCCGCCGAAAAAAUUAAGGAAAUAGUGACAAUGAUAAUAAAGAAAACUCCCAGGAAUGCAAGGUUGGAAGAAACAGACCAGAGGCUGAAGUUUUCUCAACUUUAUAUCCUCAUAUCCCUUCAUGUAAAAUAUUAGAGACAAAAAAAAUUAUCGUCGCUUUGUGGAAAAUUUUCUUAUCUCUUACGUCUUCGACCUUCCUUGUUUUGCUUUUGCUUUAAUCUUUAAAUCUUUUCGUUUUUUUAUCGUAAUUUAAUAGUGUGUAAUAGCUCCUAAAAUAUCUUUAAAACAACAGUAGAAUACGGCUUAAGUCUUCUUAAAUGUGGUCUGCGCGUGAUUCAUGGGACCUGAACUUAAAUCAAUUACGUGAACAAUAUGAUGGAUACAUCACUGUUCUGUUUUAUUUUUUCCGUCGGGAAAACAAAAGUUUCAGUCUAGAAGCACACCCUGCUCUGUCUCUUUGACCGUCAUUAUUGUUACGCGUGCUAGGACCUUUCAUUCGUGAGGGUUCUCGUUCACCUUGUCAGUGAUGUUAUUGAUAGGUUCAGACCUGCAAAAAAUAUUUCGCAGACUACUGGAUCCUCCCCUUUGAAACCUGCAGUAGUUUACUUUGAUCUAGCCUCGAAGGAAAAUCAGCGCUCCCCGUUCACUCGCCCCGGACUUGACAAAGGAAUUAUCUUGUUAAAGGCGAACACGAAUAAUGAAGCACUUUUCCAAUUUUU